AUGACCAAGUACUGAUAGAUGGCAACACAGAUGGCGCUGUAUUUAUAGUUCGUCGAACGGACUCUAACGAAAAUUUAGUGUACUUUCAUAAACAACCGUGAGGGGGAGGUUCUUUUGGCCGAUCGGUGCGUGAUGACUGAUACAAAGGCAGCCGCCAAACCCGCUGCGGCGGGUACCCCAGCUAAAAAAGCUAAACAACCUAAUCGGAGAAAUUACGACUUGGGAAAUGGAGUGUACAGAUUCAGUCGUACUCGUAUGUUCCACAAGAAGGCAGUAUACAAGUUCUUGGAUAAGAAGACUCCAAAAACUGUCACAAAUAAGAAGCCUGUGACCAUCGUCAAGAAGAUCAAUGGUGAGAAGAACGGCGAAACCCGUGUUGUACGUUUGUCGAAGAGACGCGCGUUCUAUCCUACCUCCGAUCCAGUAACGGUUCAUCACGCGAAGAAAUGCUUCCGCGAUCAUCACCGUUACAUCAGGCCUACUCUUACGCCAGGAACUGUUUGCAUCUUGCUUGCUGGUCCCCACAAGGGAAAGCGCGUUGUGCUCCUUAAGACCCUUCCCAGCGGUCUCCUUUUGGUCAACGGACCUUUCCUCAUCAAUGCUUGUCCUCUGCGGAGAAUGAGCCAAAAUUACGUGAUCGCGACCUCAACAAAAAUCGAUGUUUCGGACGUCAAGCUGCCAGAGCAUAUUAACGAUGAAUACUUCAAGAGGAAACGCGACAAGCGUGCAAAGAAGGAAGAAGGAGACAUUUUCAGCAAGAAGAAGGAACAAUACGUCCCAAGUGAACAACGAAAAACCGAUCAGAAAGCUGUUGACAAACAACUCAUCGCGGCUAUCCGAAAACGGGAGGACAAGAAACUUCUUUACGCGUAUCUUUCUGCUAUGUUCGGAUUACGUAGCAGUCAGUAUCCGCACAGAAUGAAGUUCUGAUUUGUAUUAUGGAAGACAUUAAAAAAAAUUUAAAUACCAUACAAACCAGA